UCAACGACCCAUUACAGUUUCAUGAGAAAGUAAUAUUACUAUGUGCAGGUUCGGUUGUCUCCUUGAAUUGAAAAGUUUUAAUUUUUUUAAAAGUAUUCAAGGAAGGGCUUAUAUGAUUGUGAAAAAGUGCAAAAAUGAAUAUUAACAGUAAAAACAUAAGAAGAGUGGGUGCCUAAUUUUGAGGCAUAUUUGGGAAAUUUACUACAUGAACCGUAGAUACCUUCAACAACAACAAAGCAAGUUUUACACACAAAAAAAACAACAUGGAAAUAUAUUUUAUAUUAUCGCGAAAAUAAUUACACAUAUACUCACAUACAUACAAAAAUUAAAGCAAUGUUAAAAUAAAUAUUACGGAAUUGUCCGACGUAUAUUAGCAAUGAGCAAAAUAUGUAAUUUAGCAGGAGCUUUAAAAAGUCUCUCACAUUGAAUACUAUCCCGCAAGGAAUACAUUUUAUCCUUUAGCCCAUCGCUUUGACAAAGUAUUCCAUAUACUACAAUUUAUACAUCCAAUACAAAUCGUUGAAGAAUUGUGCACCACCACCACCGUUCAACAACGGUCACAGUCAGCUGCUACAAUAUAUAGCCCGUAAUGUCAAUACAAAAGUAAUGGUCUCUGUUAACUAAAUUAUCACUUUGAUUUUGCAAUAAAAUUUCUGCGAAAUUCUCCUGACAAAUCCCGUGAAUCCUGUAAACCACAAUGUCAGCCGAUUCUGACAUGGAAUACUCUGACAAUGAUUGUGAAUACGACGAUUAUUAUAAUUCAGGCGAAGACUGCGAUGUGGAACGGCUGGAUCCAAAGAAAACCGAUCCUGAGUAUUUCGAGUUCGUAUGUUUAACUGUGGAGGAGGUAGAAAAAUUGCUCAACGAGUCAGUAGAAAAACUGAACACAAUUCUAGAGAUUACUCCUUCACUGGCAAAGGUAUUACUGCUAGAGCACCAAUGGGACAAUCAAGUGGUGGUGGAUAAAUACCGAAUGGAUGCAAACGCAUUGCUGAUAACAGCUCGAAUAAAACCGCCAAAUCCAUUGCUCAGUAUACCUGAUCCAUUAGCGCCCUCCACCAGCAAAGAGGCAGUUGCAUAUGGUACCAAUAGUAGUGGUAGUAGUAGCACUAACAGUAGUAAUGAUGACUCACCACGCAACGCAUUGAUCUCAUUAGGUAUAUGCAGCACAUAUAAUACAGUGACACCUGGCGGAGGUAUCAUUUCACAGCGCUGUCAAAUGUGCCCAGUCUGUGCUAGUUCUCAGAUGGAUGAUAAAUUCUUUAGCCUCUCAUGUGGUCAUGCGUUCUGUAAAGACUGUUGGUCAACGUUUUUCGAUACGCAAAUAUUUCAAGGUAUUUCCACACAAAUCGGCUGCAUGGCCCCCAUGUGCAAUGUGCGAGUUCCCGAAGAUUUGGUCUUGACCCUAGUGACACGUCCUGUAAUGCGCGACAAGUAUCAACAAUUUGCGUUCAAGGAUUACGUAAAAUCGCAUCCUCAGUUGCGCUUCUGUCCCGGACCGAAUUGUCAAAUUAUAGUUCGCUCUCCAGAGGUGUGUGCAAAGCGGGUCAUCUGCACUUCUUGCAAUACAUCGUUUUGCUUCAAAUGUGGCAUGGAUUAUCAUGCGCCUACUGACUGUGUAGUUAUUAAAAAAUGGUUGACGAAAUGCGCCGAUGACAGUGAGACAGCCAAUUACAUUAGCGCCAAUACCAAAGACUGCCCGAAAUGCCACAUUUGUAUAGAAAAGAAUGGAGGUUGCAACCACAUGCUUUGUUUUAACUGCAAACACGACUUUUGUUGGAUGUGCCUGGGCGAUUGGAAAACGCACGGGUCCGAAUACUAUGAAUGCUCUCGCUACAAAGACAAUCCGAAUAUUGCCAAUGAAUCGGUGCAUGUACAAGCUAGAGAAGCGCUUAAGAAAUAUUUACACUACUAUGAACGGUGGGAAAACCAUUCGAAAUCUUUACAAUUGGAACAACAAACCAUUGACCGACUACGUGACCGUAUCAAUGAAAAAGUGAUGAAAGGACGGGGCACAUGGAUUGAUUGGCAGUAUUUGUUCAAUGCGGCAGCCCUGUUAGCGAAAUGUCGGUAUACACUGCAGUAUACAUAUCCAUAUGCUUACUUCAUGGAGAGUGGUUCGCGUAAAGACCUUUUCGAAUACCAGCAGGCUCAACUUGAAGCUGAAAUAGAGAAUUUGUCUUGGAAAAUAGAACGUGCGGAGACCACAGAUUUGGGGGAUUUGGAGAAUCAAAUGGAUAUUGCUGAAAAACGUAGAACAACGUUGCUCAAAGACUUUUUGCCCGUGGAUGUUUGAGUGCCAAUUAAAUGACUGCAGUAAAAUAGUGAAAUUAAUGUAUAUUUAAGUUUAUGUCUCAAUGAUUAAUCCAUAUGCUAUUAUCUGGAACAUGGCUGCUAAUUCGAAUGGAUAAACUGCAAUACAAACACAAUGCGCUGAAUAUUUUUUAGAAUAUCAAAGAAAAUCACACACAUACACAUCCAUUAACGUAUAAUUACGUAAUGUUUCCCAUAUAUAAAUUAAGUAGGUUAUAAAAUGUAUAUAUUUAUAAAGCGAUAUUACCUCUUGGCAAUAUCUACAUGAAUGUGACUCGAGUUGUGUUAAAUAUUGACGAAUUUACGACAAAAACACUUACACAGCAUGUUUACACUUCGAUUAAUUAAAUAACAUUCAAUUAAUUUCAGUUUUUAAAAUACCUGAGAAGUGUAAUAUAAAAAUUUUGAUGUGAAUGUCGAAACAAAUUAGUAGCUUGAUCAAAAGGCGUCAACUUCAGCCAAUUAAGAAAUGUUUGGCAUGUAUUAACUCAUUAAUGUAAAAGAUUAACAAGAAAUAUGAGAAACUGAUUUUGAACCCAGUAAGCGAUUCAAUUAUAAAAUAACGAAAGACGACUUAGGUACAUUCUUUUCGUUUCAACGAAACAAUAUAAAUAUAAUAUAACAAUGUGUUGCAGGUAUACAUACGAAAAAAUUGUAGUGCUAAACAGUCAUUUAAAAAAAAAAAACAUUUUUUAACAUUUUUGUUUAUAUAUUUUUAAAAGAUUUAAGCGAAUUGUAAUUUUCAACAGAAUUUUCCAUGCUGAAUAGAAUCUAAUAUUAGGUAUAUGGUUGUCUGCUAAAGCUUUUUUACCCAGUAUUAAUUCCAAAAUAUAUAUUAAAUUUACCUUUUUUAUAAAACUAAUGUGAUGGAAGGGUUUUGAAUUCAGCGUCAAUGUUCUGUUGGAUGUGACUAGUUAUUUCCCACAAUAGAUUUAUUAUCUCGCAAUCUAAUUUUAUAGUGUAUAUACAAUAUGUGGUAUUAAAUUGGCUUUAGAUUUUUGUUUUGUUUUUUA